AUGGAAUCAGAUGAAUUGAUCUCACUUGAGGGGUCAUUUGAUGAAGAUGGUGGGCUCAAAAGGGACAAGUUUCUUGAAUUUAACAAACAGACUGACAUGAUUGAUCCUCAAUUUCGAGUUGGCAUGGUUUUUCCAUCAUUCAAUGUUUUUAAACAAGUUGUCAAAGAACAUGCCAUCAAGACUGGAAAAGAUAUAAAGUUCUUGAAAAAUGAUAAAAAUAGGGUUAGGGUAGGCUGUAAACCUCCUUGUCAAUGGAUAAUAUAUGCAUCUAAGAUGCAUGGCCAAAUGAGCUUGCAAGUGAAAACUUAUGUACCUACACAUAAUUGUGAUCACAAUGUUGGUGUUUCAAGAAGUCAAUUGCAUAGGGCAAAGAGAAAGGCACAUCAACUCAUUGAAGGAAAUUAUAAGGAGCAAUAUGCUAAACUAUGGGACUAUUGCAAAGAGAUUAGAAGAACAAAUCCUGAGACAACUAUUGUUAUUAAGGUGCCAAAUGAUGUAGAUGAUGGAAUUGAUGAAGAUGAUGAAGACAGUGAGGAAAAGUCCAGGUUUCAAAGAAUAUAUGUGUGUUUAGGGGCUUGCAAGCAAGGGUUUUUGGCUGGAUGUAGGCCAUUUAUUAGGGUAGAUGGUUGUCAUCUUAAAGGUCUAUACAAUGGACAAAUACUUACUGCUAUUGGAAUUUAUGGAAAUAACGCCACCUUCCCUGUGGCAUAUGUUGUGGUUGAAGGAGAAACAAGGAAAUCAUGGAAAUCAUUUUUUGAACUAUUACAAGAAGAUCUUGGAAUAGUAAAUCACCAAGGAUUCACUUUUAUGUCUGACAAACAAAAGGGUUUGAUUCCAGCACUAGUAGAGGUCAUACCAAAUGCCGAGCAUAGAUUUUGUUUUGAAUUUCAUAUGCAUGAAGUUAAAGAGGCUGAUGAAGAUGCAUUUAAGUGGUUGGCUGAGAAACCAGCUAGCUUUUUGUCUUGA